AAUUGUGAUUUGUGUGUUACUUACGGAAAUGAGAUGACAAGCCCAACGGUAGUCUGAAAAUUCACAAGAAACUGAUGAGAACGACGAAGUAAGCGGACAGGUUGCUGGUUCAGAUGAGGAGGGCUUGUCUGGUUGACCCUGUGUGUUGCCCCCCGUUGCCAUGGCAACGUUUUAUCUCCCUCCAUUCCUCCUGCUCAUUUUUCUGUCCUGCUUUGCUCUGUUGCUCCUGACACUCCUUCCCUCUGUUGCCCCCUCUUUUCCCUUUUCCUCCUCUCCUUCCUCACCUUGGCCGUCGCCGCCCUGCGGCCCAGGUCAGUCCUGGGCAGUCCGGCUCCACGCUGGCCUACACCUGGACCUGGAGGAAGAGGAUUUUGAACAGAGCUCCGUGGACUUCGACGUGAUAGCCAACAGGAUAGCAGAGCAGACUGGACUGCAGAACCAGGGCCAGAUAGGACAGCUGGAAGGUCACUACUUGCUGUGUUCUCCUGAGGCUGGCGUCGGAGUUUGGAGUGAGAGCAUCCGGCCAGGGGACAUUCUGGCAGCCCACCCUCAUGUCCUGUGGUACUCGCAGGAGAGACUGCUCAGUCGCUCUAAGAGAUCGAUGGCCUUCAACGAUCCCAGAUACCCUAAACAGUGGCACCUGCACAAUCAUCUCACUGAAGGUAUGGAUAUCAACGUGACAGGCGUGUGGGAGCACAACAUCACCGGCCAAGGAGUCACAGUGGUGGUGGUAGAUGAUGGGGUGGAACACACCCACCAGGAUAUCCAGCCCAACUAUAGUCCAGAGGGCAGCUACGACCUGAACUCCAACGACCCGGAUCCCAUGCCUCAUCCAGACGUCCCCGGCGAUAACCACCAUGGGACGCGAUGUGCCGGAGAGAUAGCAGCAGUUCCCAACAACAGCUUCUGUGCCGUGGGAGUUGCCUAUGGCAGCAAGGUGGCAGGUAUCAGGGUUCUGGACGGCCCACUGACUGACAGCCUGGAGGCCAUAGCCUUCAACAAGCACUACCAGGUCAAUGACAUCUACAGCUGCAGUUGGGGUCCUGAUGACGAUGGACGCACUGUGGACGGACCCCAUCCUCUGGGCAAGGCGGCGCUGCAGCAUGGAGUGAUUGCUGGCAGACGAGGCUUCGGCAGCAUCUUUGUGGUCGCUAGUGGCAACGGAGGUCAAUAUAAUGACAACUGCAACUAUGACGGCUACGCCAACUCCAUCUACACCAUCACAAUCGGAGCAGUUGAUGAGAAUGGCAGGAUGCCCUUCUACGCUGAGGAGUGUGCAUCCAUGCUGGCUGUCACCUUCAGCAGCGGAGGGAACAAGCUGAGGAGCAUUGUGACAUCGGACUGGUCCAUGCGGCACGCAACGGGAUGUACGGACGGCCACACCGGCACGUCCGCCGCGGCCCCCCUGGCGGCGGGAAUGGUGGCCCUCAUGCUGCAGGUCCGACCUUGCCUCAGCUGGAGGGACGUCCAGCACAUCAUCACCUUCACCGCCACCAAGUGUGACAAGAAUGCAGACUGGAAGGUGAACGGAGCUGGUUUCCAUCACAGCCACCAGCACGGCUUCGGCCUGCUCAACGCAUGGAGACUCGUCAAUGCUGCCAAGGUAUGGGAGUCAGUGCCCUUCCUGGUGUCUUAUCAGAGCUCAGUAACAAAAGAGGAAACAUCCAUCCCGACCUAUCCCAAGGAACUGGUUCGCACCUGGGCUGUCUCUGCUGCUGACCUGACAGAGUCUGGAAUGCAGACGCUGGAGCAUGUGGCCGUUACCGUGACUAUAACUCACCCAUGUCGUGGCAACAUGGAGAUUGUGUUGAUCUGCCCCAGCGGUAUGACGUCAGUCAUCGGGGCGCGCCGUGCCGUCGACAGAGAUGCUGCAGGCUACCAGGACUGGACCUUCUCCACCGUGCGCUGCUGGGGAGAGAGAGCCGAAGGCCAGUACCAACUCAAGAUAUCUGACCACAAAGAGCCGUCGUUUCAGAAGUGUGCCGCUGAGGGAGUGUUGAAGCAGUGGAAGCUGACCCUGUAUGGCUCCUCUAUGACGUUCAGCGAGGUCAACGAAAGACAGAGGCUGGUGGAGGAGGCGAUGAGCGGCAAGUAUCUGGACAGCAAUUUCUCUCUGCCCUGCCCUCCAGGUCUGAACAUCCCUCCAGAGAUCUUCAGCCCCUUUACCUCCAACACCCUCAAGUUCCUGCUGCUGCUGGGCUGCUUUUCUCUCUUCUGGUCUCUCUACUACACACUGGAGGUCACAUUGGCCCACCUGGACCUCAGGGGCCUACUAUGCCUGCGCAAGAGACGGGGAGGUCACUGGUCCAGGAGGGGGCGCCGAGGGAGAGGAGUGGAGGAGGCAGUGGUAGAGGAAGAAGAGGAGGACAAGGAGGAAGAGGAGCGAAACUCAGGGAUGGAGAUGAACACAAUACGGGACACCGAGGCCAAAGUGCCACUUUUCAGUGGAGAGGUGGUGGCAACAUAGCACUGAGCCAGCUGAAGGGUCCUAAAACCUCUCACUGCCUGUGCUUAUGGGACUUCUCAGGCUUUCACCCUCUACUCCUCACACACGCCCAGCCUCCUGCAACCUGGCUGACCCCAGUCAAUCUCGAACGUGUUGGUGAGGGGUCAAAGAAUAGACUACUGAAGAGUGGACACUUUGUCCUUCUCUGCAUUCCCCAAACACGUGGCCUUGUAUGAAAAUCUGUAUUUGUGCCGUGACAGGAAAGUGUGUGUGUGUGUGUGUGUGUGUGUGUGUGUGUGUGUGUGUGUGUGUGUGUGUGUGUGUGUGUGUGUGUGUGUGUGUGUGUGUGUGUACGUGUGUGUGUGUGUGGUUGUGCGUGUGUGUGUGUUUCUUAUACACUCAUGACCCAUCCCUCUUGCCAGUCCUGGGGUAAAAUUCCCAUCCCAAGAUUAUGAUUAGGUUAAGUUCAGAACUGAAGAGGAAUCUGAUAGGGUUUAAUGGUGUAAUUGCAUGUGUGAAAGUAUGUAUACAGGCUUGUCCGUGCAAAUGUGUACUCACAUACAUUGAGGAUACACUUUACGGACACCUGUGUGACCAUCAAAGCAAGAGGAAGACAAAAAUAUAUUGUGCACUACAGUAAGAGUCUGCUGUAUUAGAGAGUGUAGCGUGUGUGUGUGUGUGUGUGUGUGUGUGUGUGUGACAUGAGUACAUGUACUUGUAACAUUCAAGGUCUUCCAUGAAAAAGUGUUUUUGAGAGGAUACUUGUGUAUUUUUAAGAUUAAGAUUUAUUUUCUGAGCUGUGAUUUGACGCAUUUGACUUUUAAGUCGUGGAUUCUUAUCUGUGGGUUAUCAGCCAACUACUGAAAAAACUUGAAGUGGGAUUUUCAAGUGUGGGAUUUGCAUAUGUAUUUUUUUAUGGAGUGUAAUAUAUACACGAUGUGUGCCUACUGUACAGAUAUAUACCAAGCGAUUUAUGAUUUAUACAAAGUGUUUUUAAAAAAUGUAUUAAAGAGUUCUACUUUUUUAAUGUAACGGAGUGAGUGGAGUGAAGUUGGAGACUGUGUUUUGCUGUGCAAGUCACAGGUGACCUGAUAGAUAAUAAAAGACUGUUG